GAGCAGGAGGACGAGGAGGGCGAGGAGGAGGAGGAGGAGGAGGAGGAAGAGCAGGAGGAGGAGGAGGAAGAGCAGGAGGACGAGGAGGACAAGGAGGACGAGGAGGACGAGGAGGAGGAGGAAGAGCAGGAGGACGAGGAGGACAAGGAGGAGGAGGAGGAGGAGGAGGAGGAAGAGCAGGAGGAGGAGGAGGAAGAGCAGGAGGACGAGGAGGACGAGGAGGAAGAGCAGGAGGACGAGGAGGGUGAGGAGGAGGAGGAGGAGGAGGAGGAGGAGGAGGAGGAGGAAGAGCAGGAGGAGGAGAAGGAGGAGGAAGAGCAGGAGGAGGAGGAAGAGCAGGAGGAGGAGGAGGACGAGGAGGAGGAGGAGGAGGAGGAGGAAGAGCAGGAGGACGAGGAGGGCGAGGAGGAGGAGGAGGAGGAGGAGGAAGAGCAGGAGGAGGAGGAGGAGGAGGAGGAAGAGCAGGAGGAGGAGGAAGAGCAGGAGGAGGAGGAGGACGAGGAGGAGGAGGAGGAGGAGGAGGAAGAGCAGGAGGAGGAGGAGGAGGAGGAAGAGCAGGAGGACGAGGAGGAGGAGGAGGAGGAGGAGGAAGAGCAGGAGGAGGAGGAGGAGGAGGAGGAAGAGCAGGAGGACGAGGAGGACGAG